UCAUAUACUCAUACGCCAAAUAUUUCCACCCCUAAUUAGAAACCAAAUCAAUUUACUCAUCGAAACAAGAAAACGAAAUUGCAAAACCCUCUAAGUGAUUUUGGAAUUUGGAUAAAAUCAUCAUUGCCACGUGUGUUAGAAGAGAUUGACCCCAAAGAAAAGGAAAGAAUUUUUGGUGUUGCAAAUAAAAAUUGUUCCUACCCUUGUUCUUUGUUUGUAGACGAUUCUAUCAUUUCACCAAACCCCUUUUAAUACAAACCCCAAAAAUAACUCAUUUUCAUAGAAAAUCAUAGACUCUUCCCGCAAAAAUCCGAACUCAAACAUUCAAAGAAUCCCUCAAUUUAAUCAACUCAAAACCCAGAAAAAUUCAAACAAAAGUUCUUCAAUUACCCCAAAUCACAGCACCUUAAUCAGUAAGGCAAUGUACCAUAUUAACAAUCACAAUCACCCAUUUCAUAAACCAGAAGAAAACCCAGCAAAUUUCACCAAGAAUUAGUAGAGAAAAAAAAUCAUGCUGAAAUGAUGGUAGAAGAUGAAGGAGAAGAAACCCCAUCAAAGUCAAAACCAUCAACUGGGUCUUCGUCUUACAAAUCUUGGAAGUAUGCGACGAGCUUUCAGAAAGAUUUAAUGGCGGGGGCAGUUAUGGGGGGUGUGGUUCACACCAUUGUUGCACCCAUUGAACGAGCUAAGCUUUUGUUGCAAACACAAGAGAGUAACAUAGCAAUUGGUGUUGGAAAACACAGGAAAUUUAAGGGUAUGUUUGAUUGCAUUGUUAGUAUGGUCAAGGAAGAAGGUUUUGUCUCUCUUUGGAGGGGUAAUGGUAGUAGUGUUCUUCGGUAUUACCCUUCUGUUGCUCUUAAUUUCUCUCUUAAGGAUCUUUAUCGAGAUGUACUGAAAAAUGACAAUGAGGGCCCACCCAUUAUGACUGGUGCAGCUGCCAACUUUUUUGCUGGGGCAGCAGCUGGUUGCACGACAUUGAUGAUUGUUUAUCCGCUUGAUAUUGCUCACACACGACUAGCUGCAGACAUUGGGAAGGCUGAUGCUCGUCAAUUUCGAGGCAUAUACCACUUCCUGUCUACAAUAUACAGGGUAGAAGGGAUCCGUGGGCUUUACAGGGGACUCCCUGCUUCUUUUCACGGAAUGGUUAUUCAUCGUGGUCUAUACUUUGGAGGAUUUGACACUGUGAAAGAUGUACUUGCCAAGGAUGCUGUAGAGCUGGCAUUAUGGAAACGGUGGUUGGCGGCUCAAGUGGUGACCACUUCUGCUGGAUUCAUUUCCUAUCCUUUUGAUACUGUUCGAAGGCGUAUGAUGAUGCAAUCUGGCCUCAAGGAACCAAUGUACAGAAAAACUUUUGAUUGCUGGAAGACAAUAUAUAGGACAGAAGGGCUCUCCUCAUUUUACCGAGGUGCUGUUUCAAACAUGUUUAGGAGUACUGGUGCUGCUGCCAUUCUUGUUUUAUAUGACGAAGUUAAGAAGUUCAUGCACUGGGGCGGUUCUACUUCUAGCAGGAAUUGAUUUUUUUUACAGUUUCAGGUAUACAACAUUCAAUACAACUUUAACAUUAGUGUCCUGAUAACAGAUUCUGAUGAAUACACAUCAAAACAUAGGUCUGCUGGUAUUGUCUCCUUGGCUAUGGCAGCCUUACACUGAAUUUUUAAGCUGACCAAUAAGAUCGAGAAUUGACUCCGGUUUUUUUUUAUCUACUUUACCAUCUUUCUGUAUACGCACCUGUAACUUGGUUGUUUUGCUACUGAUUCUGGAGAGUAAAGCCUGUAAACUCCAUUUUCAGAGGAAACAAAUUGAUACAUGUAUAGAUGGUUUCAUUUCAUCUUCAA